AUGGCAACUGUAGUAUCAACCCCAUUAAAGUCCCAUGCGGGACUUUUCUCCACACGUACCGCUGGCGGACGUAUGCCAUUAACCCCCUCGCCUCGCACACGCACGGCAGCAAUGUCGAACAACAACUCAUCACCGUUCACACCGGAGAGAAAGACAGUGGACAAUGAGAGGGUGGCUACCAAGUCGGUGUACGGUGGAAAUCUAUCAUCACACUUCACAAAAGCUACAUCAAGAACAUCGCACCGGGACUCGCCAAAGUCCAACAUCGCCAAGGGUGUACAAACACCUCGUCGUGCCUUGGAGCUCGGCGUCUCUGACUUCGCGCUUACUGGCACUGGAUGCAAGACACCAAGCAGCAGCCGAUCCCGCAAGGGCCCGCUUCGUCAAAAGUCAACCAAGACUACGCUCUCUUAUGGCGAUCGCUUCAUCCCAAACAGAACCGCAAGCUCAGCACUUGCUAACGUCGGAUCUGGAAAGCUCGACGUGGGAGAAAAGAGACCAAAGUCAAGCACUGGCGAGAACUCAGCAGUUCUGGCAUCAGCUGUCGAUGAUGCUCUUGCAGCUCUCGGCUCCUUGACCCUGAACGAUGAUGAAGAGCCAUCUACUUACUCUCGCCCAUCACCAAACACUGUCGCUUACCAAGACUCAUUGGCAUCAGCUUGUGGUGUCUCCCUCAACCAACGCAUUCUCGCAUUCAAGCCAGCCGCACCAGAGUCCUCGAAGCCAGUUGAUCUUCGCUCUCAAUAUAACCGACCCAUCAAGAACGCCAGCGCAACAUCUGCUCAGUUCAGACGCCGCGUAGCAACCGCCCCCGAGCGUGUCCUUGAUGCCCCCGGUCUUGUUGAUGACUAUUAUCUCAACUUGCUUGAUUGGUCUUCCGGUAACCAGGUCGCCAUUGGCCUCGAGCGCAACGUAUAUGUCUGGUCAGCAGAAUCAGGAACCGUCAGCUCGCUCCUCGAGACCAGCCCUGACACUUAUGUUAGCAGCGUCAAAUGGUCCGGGGAUGGAGCUUACGUGAGCGUAGGGCUGGGAACGGGUGAGGUUCAGAUCUGGGACGUCGAGGAAGGGACCAAGCUCCGAAGCAUGCACGGCCACGACACACGUGUUGGUGUCAUGGGCUGGAACAAGCAUACCCUCUCAACUGGUGCACGAUCGGGACUCGUUUUCAACCACGAUGUGCGAAUUGCCCAACACAAAACUGCAGAGCUCGUCUCCCACACCUCAGAAGUCUGUGGUCUCGAGUGGCGCGCUGAUGGUGCUCAACUUGCUACCGGCGGCAAUGACAACCUCGUCUCAAUCUGGGAUGCUCGCUCCUUGGCCGUACCAAAGUUCACCAAGACCAACCACAAAGCUGCUGUCAAGGCCCUCAGCUGGUGCCCAUGGCAACCAAACGUCCUCGCCACUGGAGGCGGUUCAUACGAUCGUCACAUUCAUUUCUGGAACACCACCACCGGUGCUCGUGUGAACAGCAUCGACACUGGAUCUCAAGUCACUUCUUUGAGAUGGAGCCCACACUACCGUGAGAUUGUCAGCACCAGUGGCUUCCCAGAUAACUCAAUCAGCAUUUGGAGCUAUCCAACUCUUGUGCGAAAUGUCGAGAUUCCUGCACACGAAACCAGGGUUCUCCACAGCUGCCUAAGCCCAGACGGACAAAUGUUGGCUACAGCUGCUGCCGACGAGAGUUUGAAGUUCUGGAAGGUCUUUGAGAAGAAGGCUGGCGCUAGCUCCUCAGCUGGUGUUUCCGGCGCUUCUGGAAAAGCUGACAUGGUCAAGCAAAUGACCAUCCGCUAA